AUGUGUAUUGUCCUCGCCACAACAGCACACCCCACUUACUCAAUCAUCAUCAUCGAUAAUCGGGAUGAAUUCAUCCUUCGUCCAACUAGUAGACCGCACUGGUGGACCUCGAAUGACCAGCAGAUCCUCUCCUCCAGAGACCUACAACGAGCAGAGCAAGGGACGUGGCUCGGCAUCACCAGAACGGGAAACUUCGCCGUCUUGACAAAUUACCGCGAAACCGACACUCAAGAUGCUGACCAUCCGAUACAAGGGGCACGCAGCAGAGGCGGUAUGGUCACCGCCUGGCUUUCAGCUUCAGAAGAUGAGGGAAUCGAGAAUUUCGUACAUCGAUUGUUGGACGGUGAAGGCGUCAAGGGCGUGGGAGGGUUCUCCCUGCUAUGCGGGAAAUUAAGGAAGCAGAAAAGUUCGGACAGUGGGCUUGAGCCUCUGGCGAUUAUAUCAAAUCGAGCUGGAACUCCUGAUGAUGUGCCAUGGAUUGCGAAGCGAAGAGGGGAAGUUUAUGGAUUAAGUAAUACCUUCUAUGAUGACCCGAUAUCUUGGCCGAAGAUCGAAAUUGGCAAGGAGAAAAUGCUAGGUGUUGUCGCGGAAGUAGUCGAGGCUGGCAUGGGAGAAGAGGAAUUGGUCGACAGACUGUUUGCCAUCCUCGAUACGAACACACUUCCACAACAAGAUGGUCAGGAUUUCGAGGAGUAUUUAUACGAGCUCCGAAAAUCUAUAUUUAUUCCUUCGAUUGGCCAUGCUGAACCCCCUCAAACAAUACCUGAAGCCGAUCAGAUUGCGACCGGCAGUCCCGAAGCGCUCAGCGGCGAUGGGGAGCAUUUGGACGCUAGGUUAAGGGCGGCAGAAGCGCCAGAAGCUGGGAAUGGUGGAAUACCGGGUAUUUAUGGUACCCAAAGACAAAGCAUCAUUCUAGUAGACUGGGAGGGAAACGUGUCAUUCCGGGAAAGGUCGUUAUGGGAUGAAGAGGGCCAUCCUAUAGAAAGGGGAAAAGGGGACGUGAAGUUUGAAUUCAAAAUAAAGGAUUGGGAAGGAGAAAGUAAGGGCAUCGUAGUGUACCCUCGUUCGGUGUUGUAG